AUGCCGCAUCCCGCUGCCACACUCACCAACCGGGGCCUGGCGGGUCCUGAUGUGGGAUCCCCGACCCCUGGGAGGCAAGGCAAGGAGCCGCCAGGGGCUGCCUGGCACCGCAAGCGGGAGGCGCGGGGUGGACGCCAGCAGCCCCCUCCACCGGCAGGGGUCGGCGCCGGGCCCGUCACACGCCCACCCCCGCACGCGCGCCCGCACCGCCCCCCCACUCGACCCCCUCCGCCCGCCCCCGCCUCGGCACGACGCCCCUCGCGUGCCCCGGCGCCCCCCGCGCCCCCGACCCCAGCGCGCAGCCCCCGCGGCCCGGGGAGCGAUGGCGGCGGCGGCGCGGCCCUGCGGGCGUCUGGGCGGCCAGGGCGCGGGGCCCCGCCCGUGCAGGCUCCCCGGCCUCGCUCCCCGGCCCCGAGCCCAGCGCUCGCCCAGCAGCUCCUACCUCGUCGGCCCUCCGGGCGCCAGCCGCCGCCGCCGCCGCCGCCCGCCCGCCCGCCCGCUCGCUCGCUCCUUCCUUCGGCCGGGCCGCCGCGCGUAGCCGCCUGCGCAGGGGCCCCGCCCGGGGUGACGGCUCCGGCCGCCGUGUCUCCUCACGCCCGGGCCCGCGGGGGCGCGCGCGCCGCUCGCGCACCGCGGCCCGAGCGCGCCCCGCGCCAGCGCGCGCCGCUUCCUGGUUCCGCCCGGCGCGCGCUCGUGAGCCCCGUGGCCCCUCGCACCCGGGCCGCGGCCGCCGGGGAGGGGCCCGGAACCCCCCGGCGCGCCGGCGUGGGGGAGGGGCGGGCGCCGCGCGCAGCCCCUGGUCGCCGCGGCGAGAGGCGUCCCCUCCCGGGCCGCGAGCCGGGCCCCACUGGGCCGCCAGCACAUGCUGCUUUGUUUGGGUCGCUCGACCACCGCGAGCAGCGCUCGCGGCCGACUGACUCUUGGGGUCGCGUCGACUGGCCCCCCUCCGCGGCCCGCCACCCGCCCUUCCCCCGGGCCGAGGCCCGCGUUCCGGGGCCUGCCCCUCCCAGGCCCAGGUCAGAAGUCCACCGCUGCCCCAUCAAUAAUUAUCCCGGGUUUGCUCCCUGGAGGGCGUUUCGGCCUGGGCUGCCUGCUUACCCCCCGGGCGGAAAGCCUGAAUGGGCACAGCGGGAGUUUACUCUCGCCCAGGCCAACUGGAUGCGUCCACCGUUCUAG